GACUAUGCUCAAGCAUUUGGAUGCCUUACAGCUUCCCGGGUCUAAGACGGCCGUAAAAGUCCUUCGUUGACCCAGCGGAGACCACCACAGCGGCACAGCGCCACCUGCUUACCCACAUACAAGAAUUUAAGUACCCGGCGGGUCUCCGGUGUCUGGCCGGUGUGAGUUCCGAGUUUGCCCUCCGGCGAGCCGCGGCGCCCGUAGCAGCUGUUCAUAUCAAGUCGCCCGCGCUAUCAUGGCCAAGCCGCGCGGCUCGGUCCACGGCAACAGCAAGCGCUAUACGCAGGCCAGGGCCGCGCUAGCAGUAGCCAGGGCCAACAGGGCGAGAAGGCGGCAAGCCAACACGGCGGGCGGUGGCGCUACGGCCACGGUGCCCGACCCAGAUCGCGCGGGGCCAGUCGCGGCACGGCGCGCAGCCCCCGCAGCGAUCGCGGCUGCUGCUGACGUGGCGGUGCCCCGGGCCACAGCGCCAUCGCGUGCACCAGUCGCAGGAGCGGCAGCGGCACCGGCGCCAGCCGCCGCCGCACGGGUGGCAGGCGGCGGGCAGGCGCUGACCCAGAUCAAGCCGGGCCCGGCACUGGAGGGGUCCGCGGGCGCGGUGGGUGCAUGGGUGGAUGCAGUCGCGCACACCCGUGCCGACCGCGAGCGGCUGCUGCUUAGGCGCUCACGCGCGCAGCUGGCGGCGGCAGUGCUGGACAUGGAGGACCAGCUGGCUGCGCAAAUCCUGCAGAUGCAGGCACACCUAGCGGCCGCCGCAGCGUUGAUUGCGCAGCUAUCAGCUAACAGGUAGCGAGCGUGCUGUGGUGCUGAGGGAGGAAUGACCUCGCAUAGUACGCUGUGAAUGGUGAUGUGUGGGCAAGGCAGUAUGCGGGUGUAAAGUGGCGGUGAGGGGAGGAAAGGGUCAAAGGGCCUGAAAGGAGCGAGACUCGGCACGCCGAAGGCCCUUCGACGUACCAACCAUGAAACGGGCUCGCUAGCCUGACCUGUAACAUAUAAUGACG